UCAUCAUCAUCAACAACAACAACCAUGCCUAUUGGAGGUUUUUCUCUUUAUAGAUUUUGAUUAGAUAGGCACAACACUUAAGGUAGGGGACAGUUUUUGUGGGUGAAGAAGAAGGAAGAAAAGGUAAGGUUGGUGGUGGUGCAUGUGGGCGUGGAGCUGGAUGGUGGUGGUUGAAGGAGGUGUUGGUGGCAGAGGAACCAUCUUCAAAGGUUAGGGAUUGACGAGAGCAUCAAUGUUUCCUACUACAGCCUACAAUCCGCCUGAAGAUUCUCUAAGCCAAGAUGUGAUUGCAACUGUGGAGAAGAGCAUGAAAAAAUAUGCUGACAACCUCAUGCGAUUUCUUGAGGGAAUUAGUUCAAGGUUAUCCCACUUGGAAUUAUAUUGCUACAAUCUUGACAAAUCUAUUGGAGAAAUAAGAUCUGAUUUAAAUCGUGACCAUGGGGAGCAAGAUUUAAAGCUCAAGGCCCUUGAAAAACAUCUUCAAGAGGUUCAUAGAUCUGUACAAAUUUUAAGAGACAAGCAAGAGCUAGCUGACACUCAGAAAGAAUUAGCCAAGCUUCAACUUGCUCAGAAGGAAUCAUCUUCCUCAAGCCACUCAGAGGAGAGAUCAUCGCCUUCUACAACAGAUCCUAAAAAGAUUGAUAGUGCAUCUAAUGCACACAACCAGCAGUUAGCUCUUGCACUUCCUCAUCAAAUUCCCCCACAGCAGCAGCAGCCGCAAUCGGCUGCACCCCAUGCUCAAGCUCCAGUAGCAAAUGCGUCCCAAGCCACCCAACAACCUACUUAUUACAUGCAGCAACCCCCCACUCCAUUGCCAAACCCUCCAGCUGCUCCCCAGCUCUCUCAGAAUCAGUAUUUACCAUUGACAAAUCAACAAUACCAAACACCCCAACUUCAACAAGACAUGUCGCGGGUGACUCCACAACCAACACCAUCUCAGGUAACCCCAUCCCCAGUUGUGCAACAGUUCCCUCAGUAUCAGCAGCCACAGCAACAACAGCAGCAGCCGCAGCCACCCCAGUAGCAGUGGGCUCAGCAGGUGCCAUCUUCACAGCCUCCCUCAAUGCCACCCCAGAUAAGAUGCUCAUCUAGCCAAACAAAAAAUUUGCAAUGACCUUCCUUUCCCUGUCAAAAUUCCCAAUGAUCAGAUACUAUUUGCAACCAUCUAACAUCAGACCAAAGCCAAAAUUCCUUAACUUACCUUAUAGAAUGGACAACCCAAAAAGAUUCUGUUAGGGUUGCUAACUGUCUUUGACAUAUACAUUAUUGCAUAAACUCCACAGAAACACCUCGGUGCGACGGCGACGUUUCCAUCUCCAGCCUGAAGCGCAUAUGGAACUGAGUUUGAACCAGACUUCUCUUCUCUAAAUCCACUUACGCUUCUUCUUGAGGUUGAUGAUGCCCCCUGCGUUGCCAUUGUUAACAUACGCAGAACUCUUCUCCUCACCACCAGCCACCAGCCUGAACGAAGAAGCCAAAGGAAUUUCAAGAUUAGGGCACCUAUCUAAACGACGUAGUUAUGGGCUCCAGGGACUUAUUUGUCCACUUUCCAAAUGCUCCAUCUCACUAACGUGCCACGUUGGCAUCCGUCAUGCCAGGUAAGACGAAGGGAAGCCACGUCAGACUUUUCCGUUGUGUCUGACGGUGGCUUUUUGACGGAGGGACUGAUUCGUCCUAUUUUCAAGGAGGUCAGGGAUUUAAAUGUAUUUUCCAAUAGUCAGGGACGAAAAUGUCCGCGGGGUAAAAGGUCAGGGACGUAUUUGUCCUUUUCUCAAACUAUAAAGACAAUCAGAAUAAUUAAAACUUCUUUAAUUAGAACCUUUUUUU